AUGUCUGCUGCAAAGGAAGAGGAUGUCUGUAGUCACGUGAAAGUGGUGGUCCGUGUCCGUCCAGAGUCUCAAAAGGAAAAAGAUGGCAACUUUAACAAGGUUGUUCAUGUUGUUGACCAGCAUAUGUUGGUCUUCGAUCCAAAGGAGGAAGAAGUUAGCUUCUUUCACGGGAAGAAACUGAUUAAUAGGGAUAUUAGUAAAAAAGAAAAGAAAGACCUUAAAUUUGUGUUUGAUGCUGUCUUUGCUGAAAGUUCAUCUCAGUUGGAAGUUUUUGAGCAUACUACGAGAAGUGUGAUCGAUGGCUUCUUAAAUGGAUAUAACUGCACAGUGCUUGCAUAUGGUGCAACGGGAGCUGGAAAGACUCAUACAAUGUUAGGUUCCCCUGAAGAUCCUGGAGUGAUGUAUUUAACUAUGAUGGCACUUUAUAAUUGCAUGGAUCAAAUAAAAGAAGAUAAAAUAUGCAAUGUUGCUGUUUCUUAUUUGGAGGUCUACAACGAACAGAUCCGUGAUCUGCUGGUGAGCUCAGGACCUCUAGCUGUUCGUGAAGAUACCCAGAAAGGGGUGGUAGUUCAAGGGCUAACGUUACAUCAGCCUAAAUCAGCAGAGGAAAUCCUUCAAAUGUUGGAUUAUGGAAAUAAAAAUAGAACACAGCAUCCCACAGAUGUAAAUGCCUCCUCGUCACGGUCCCAUGCUGUCUUUCAGAUAUAUCUAAGGCAGCAAGAUAAAACAGCAAGUAUUAAUCAAAAUGUUCGCAUCGCCAAAAUGUCUCUCGUUGACCUGGCAGGAUCUGAACGUGCCAGCGUGACAAAAACCAAGGGGGCUCGUUUUAGAGAAGGAACAAAUAUUAACCGCUCCCUGCUAGCUCUUGGAAAUGUCAUUAAUGCCUUGGCAGAUCCAAAGAGCAAGAAACAGCACAUUCCUUAUCGAAACAGCAAGCUGACUCGUUUAUUGAAAGAUUCUCUUGGAGGAAAUUGCCGAACAAUAAUGAUAGCUGCUGUUAGUCCAUCUUCUAUGUUCUAUGACGAUACAUAUAAUACUCUUAAGUAUGCAAACCGAGCAAAGGAUAUCAAAUCUUCUUUGAAGAGCAAUGUUGUUAGUUUGGACAGUCACAUAAGCCAGUAUGUUAAAAUUUGCGAUGAACAAAAGAAAGAGAUCCUAAUGUUAAAAGAGAAACUGAGAGAAUACGAAGAAAAGCAAGCAAGCAUUCCUGAAAAUUGUAAUGCUGCAGUACUUUCAAGCAACCAGAAAGUGGAAAUACAAAGAUACAAAGAAACCCUCAAAAAUUUGUUUGCAAAACGUGAGGAAAUCAGAAAAGAAUAUCUCAAGUUGGAAAUGCAACUGAAAGAAAACGCACUGAAGACACAUUACCAGAAACAAUGUCAUGAACAAAUUCUACUGAUGUGCUCUGAAGAAAGAGUAGAAAAGGCCGCUUGCAAGAGAGAUCAAAGACUUGCAAUGCUUAGUACCCACCGCAUACACGUGCAGAAGAAGAAAGAAGAGGAGGUCGAACGUUUUGAGGAAAACACCAAUUGGCUGCAUCGAGUUGAAAAUGAAAUGCGCCUCCUGAGUCAAGAUGGGAGUAUUCCAAAGGAACUCUGUGAAGAUCUGCGGUGUUGCCAUUUAAACCUAGAAGUUGAGGACCUGAAAGCCCAGAUUCAGCACAUGUUAUCUCUGUUGUCCCUUCAAGAUCAGCAUUAUAAGGAGACAGAAAAAGUACUAAAUACUUUGCUUCCGGUUCUUCGCAAGCAAUACCUGACUCUGAAAGGAGCUGGCUUGACAAAUAAUUUAACUGAGGCUGAAUUUGGGGAGGUUGAGCAACUGAUUCAAAGACAAAAAUCAGUAGUUUGGGCUGAUCAGACUGUGGAAAAGAAACAAAAUCAAAACGACGAACUAGAGAUGUCAUCUGUCUUGUCAUUCCCACAGCUUGUGAACAGACCAAGCACCCCAUGCUGUACAACUUCUGCUACACAGUCACAAGAAAUUAAUAAAAAUACACCACAAGAAGUAGGAAAUGAAGUACCAGCACAGAAAAAACCUAGGCGGAAGCUAAUAGACUCUCCAGUCACAGCUCAAAGUCCUGCUGCACCCAAGCACUCCAGUCUUCGUCAUUUGGAGGAUUCUCUUACCAAGGAGGUCCGCCCUAUUGUGUAUACCCCACAAUUUUGGAGAAAGCCUGAACAGAGCUACUGUACACAGACUGUGGUAAAGAAAACUUUACACCUUGCAGGCCUUCAGGAAGCCAAUGCAUGUAAUACAGAUAUGCCAGUGAAAAAGGCAAAUAUUAUGGACUCUACAUGUGACAUAAUCCCAGAGUGUGAUGAAGCUGUCAUGGACUCAACAGUCAUUCUCUAUAAAGAGGCAGGUGAAACGAAUGAAACAUCUAUGGACUCAUCUGCGAAGGUGUCACAGCCAUGCAGCAAUACCGCUCUGCAAAGAAUAGAUUUUACAAAAAUAUAAUUCUUUGGUUUCAGGUUUGGUGUCCCUUUAAAAAACAAAAAUCCUGCUUCAGUACUUAGGAAGCCCUCAUAUAUGGCAAUGACUUCUGCUGCGGAGGGAAAAAGAAAGAUAUUAAGUUCUACAUCAAACACUGGGUUAAGCAGCCGACAAGACCCUGUUUCUGCAAAACACGGCCGAUACGAAAUCUUAAGCCAUAGACCUUUGAGAGUACCUAAAGUGGCAGGAAUUAAAACAGGGAGCCAGAAGCAAGAACAGCAUGUGUCAAGAAGCCUAGUCGGAGGCCUUUCUGAAGAAAGCGUAGCAUUGGAUGUUAAAUCAAGGACAUCAAAAAACAUUUUAUUUCAAGUUUAUAAGAAAAAUGAUUUAGUUCUGAGUUCAUCCAUAUUUCAAGCAGGACUGAUAGACAGCGAAUGA